UUUGCGACGUAUAUUACGCGCUUGCUACGAAAACACACGCUUAUUUCUCGCCUUGCUGGCCAUUGCCGUGGUUCGGGGAAGACGUUCUCCGAUUCAAUUAAUAUUCCAUUAAUAAUUUUGCGAUUUUUAUAUCAACCCAUCUUCAGCAACGCUGGCAUCAAAGUUCUUCGUAUAUUACACGUAGCGAUUACAUACGAGUGAGUUCUGCAGUAUCGUUGCACAGUUUUCUGUCUAUGUCAACGAUGGAUGACGGUGGAGGUCUAACGCUCAACAUCUCGUCCGUCAAGACAACGCCGGCCCGCAAGAAAACACCGAAGGUGCCCAAGGCUCCCUCGUCCUGGGGCUCAUCAGAGACGCCCUCCAAAUCUGCAGUGUCAACCUCUGCCUCACCUGACUCCCUGCAGCGCAAAAAGGACCGCCUCAAGGCCUCCCUGAAGAAGAAGAAAAAGUCCCCAGAGGAUAAGCAAGAUGGCGGACGCCCGAAGCCCGCCGACAACAAGCCGUUUUAUGCGUCUUUGUUCUCACACAACCCUGAGGUACCGGAGCUUGGUCUGCCGGAGACCAGUGAACCUUCUCAGCCGGAUGUGUUCUCAGGAGAGAACUUUUCCGAUCUUCAGCUGCAUCCACACUUGGUGGCCAACGUGACGAAGGCGCUGGGCGGUGCGGAGAUGACCCGCGUCCAGCAGAGGGCGCUACCCGUUGUGCUGGCCGGCGGUGACUGCCUGGUCCGGUCACAGACGGGUAGCGGCAAAACGCUGGCCUAUCUUCUGCCGGUCAUACAGGGUUUGCAGGCGAUCGAGCCUCCGGUGACUCGGGAGUCGGGGCUGUACGCUUUGAUUGUGGUACCCACGCGCGAGCUGGCACUGCAGACCUACAAUUGCGCCGCACAACUCAUGAAGGCAUUCGUUCGUCUCGUUCCCGGUUACCUGACUGGCGGCGAGAAAACUCUGGCAGAGAAGCGUCGUCUCCGCCGCGGUCUGAACCUUCUCGUAGCCACACCGGGCCGACUGCUGGCGCACAUCGCGAGCUCGAGGAACCUCCGUCUAGGAGCGCUGCGGUGGCUGGUUCUGGACGAGGCCGAUCUACUGCUCGAUAUGGGAUACGAGAAACACGUUAGGAGUAUCGUGGAGGCGGUACUGGAGCAGCGCGCCCCGCGGACCUCGGGUCCCCUGCAGACCGUACUGCUGUCGGCGACUCUGGAUGAUCGGGUACAGAAACUGGCAGGUCUGAGCCUCACGGACCCCACCUUCAUCGACGCCUCGUCGGACGGUGGUGACACCUCUCGGCCGGAAGGCGAACUAGUGACUCCCGGUCAGCUCCGCCAGUUUGUGGCGGUAGUUCCUGCCAAACUCCGUAUGGUGGCGCUGGCAUCGUUCGUCCUCUGGAAAUGCUCUACUCGAGAUGAGUCCAAGAUGAUAGUGUUUAUGAACACAAACGACAUGGUGGACUACCACUGCGCCCUGUUCGGAGCCUGCCUGCCCGGCCGCGGUCUGACCGACCUCAAGAUCUGCAAACUGCACGGCAACAUGCCGCAAACGGACCGGACUGGAGUGUUCACAGAGUUCCGAAAGGCUCGCUCCGGACUCCUCAUCUGUACGGACGUGGCGGCACGUGGCGUGGACCUGCCGCACGUGCACUGGAUCGUCCAGUACACCCCUCCCUGUCGGUCGGCCGACUAUGUACACCGUGUGGGACGGACGGCCCGCGCCGGAGGCACGGGGGCCGCGCUGGCCCUGCUGACUCCGGCAGAGACGGGGCUGGUAGAACUGCUGAGGGAGGGCGGAUUGAGUGUAUCAGACAUGAGCCUAGAGACCCUGCUGUCUCCCCUGGCGGCGUCGCGCGCCGGCGGUCGUCCCACCAGCCUGGAGGAGGCGGCCACUCAGCUGCAGCUUCACAUGGAGGAAACGGUGGCCCAUGACAGACAACUGGCCGAUAUGGCCAGACGAGCGUUCACAUCUCUAACGCGGGCAUACGCCACCUACCCGGCCGAGAUGAAGGCCAUGCUAUCGGUGAAGACCCUCCACCUGGGCCACUACGCCAAGAGUCUGUGUCUGAGGGAGACGCCCACGGCGCUGGGACGGUGGCGCGGCGAUCAGUCCAGAGACCCCGCGGCAGCCAGACUCGGCAAACGCGGUGAGAAGCGUUCGGCAAGCGACGGGGCCGUGCGGCCGCGAGUUCGAAUCCCGCAGCCGACCGACAUUUCAGAGUUCCAGAGCGGGCUGGACGGUGGCGCUGGCGUGGUGCGAAAACCGCGCAAAAAGAAACAGAGGAAUACGUGAUCGUGUCAAAGGGAGGCGAGGCAUGGAGCAAGGUCACGUGAUCGGGUCCGCCGAGCGUGGAAAGGCAGGGUUAUGUGCCACGUGACAAGGCUCGGGUGGAUGAUGGUGUCCACGGGAAGCAAGUCCACCAGGAGUCGGGCCGUAAGCGUUCUCGGAAUCACAUGAGAUCGUUGGAAUGUUUCUUCCAUCUCGGGCAAGGCUGAUGACGAUGAAGGCAUGUAUCUGAGGGCCUCAUCCCAGCCCCACCUAUCACGCAGUCCCCGUUACUGGGCAUUCCCAUUGUCCAUCCACGAGCGGUAACUGGGGGCAGACAGGGGAAAGCAGAGGUUACGUACCCCAUUGGGUUCAGCCCGCUUCGUCAGUAUUGCUGAGACCCUGGCUGUGUGGGCCAGUCUGCUGGCAUCCUGCUGUUGAUUGGGUGUCUAAAAGAUGGCGUGUCUCUUGGACGAGUGGUUUUGCUGUUGACGAGUGAGGAUGUUUUGCGCGGGGGUCGCUUGCCCAGCUGCACUGUGGUUACGAUUGAUACAUCGUCGUGUCUUAUGAAAUGUGAAAUACGUUGUGAACUAAGCGUGAUGUUUGGAAUAUAUGAUGGAUUCUGACCGUCA